UAGAAAAAGGCAAAAACAAAGAGAGAAAAAAGUGAAGAUGUCUCCAUUUUAUUUAAUAUUUUUGAUCUCAAACUCAAUCUUCCUUUUGUCUUUAUUUUCAAUUACAAUUCAUGCUCAUCGUUGUAGUGAUGACUUCUGGUCUGAAGCCCUCAGCAGAAAUCUAACAUUAUGCAAGAGAUACGAACAUAGCAAUGGAGUUGAGUUUGCAUGGAAUCUCGAGAACAACACUCGAAUCCUCCAGGUAAUGGUUGGAGCUGCAUUACAAAGUGAAACAGGAUGGUUAGCCUGGGGUUUGAACUUUGGACCAGAACCAAGAAUGGUGGGGACUCAAGCUCUUAUUGGUAUAAAGCAGAUAAAUGGUUCAUUUCUUGGUGACAAGUACAAUGUCACAAAAUAUAUCAAAAUAGAGUGCAAGUUGUUACCUUCUCCUAUUGAUUUGAAUGUAAGCAAAUUGAGGUUUAGUUCUCUGGAUCUUCAGUAUCACAUAAUAGAAGCCACUAUACAUCUUCCUCAAUCAGUUAAUGUUUCAAGAAUUAAUCAUGUUUGGCAAGUUGGAAAAGUUGCAGCAGGAAUGGAACCCAAGAUUCAUGAUAAAACUCUCCAUAACUAUGAUGGCGCAGAGACCAUUGAUUUGGGGACUGGCAAAUCUCUAAGUAUUAGAGCUGCUAAACGUCAUCAUGCAAGAACUGCUCAUGGAAUACUUAAUAUUAUUGGUUGGGGUGUAAUCCUGCCAAUUGGGGUGAUAAUAGCGAGGUACUUCAAAAAGGGACCAAUACAAUGGAAUGAACAUGAUCAAUGGAAACAUGCUCAUAAGACAUGUCAAACAUUUGGAUAUAUUAUUGGGGCAACUGGAUGGGGACUAGGACUCUGGCUUGGAAUUUCUUCCAAAUAUUACUCUUUUCCCAAACAUGGAGCUUUUGGCAUCUUCAUCUUCACAUUUGCCACUCUACAAACGCUGGCACUGAGAUUAAAACCCAAGAAGGACGAUGAACUUCACAUAUACUGGAGUAUAUACCAUCAUUCUCUAGGGUAUGCAUUACUCGCAGUGAUUUGUGUCAACAUAUUCAAAGGGAUAAAAAUAAUGCAAGAAGACGACAAGUGGAGACCUGUCUACAUUGCAGUUAUUGCCUCUCUUACUUUCAUCUUCAUAGUCUUCGAAAUCAUCAAUUGGCUCCAAUUCAAAGUUGAACAAAAGAUAGAGAAAAAAGACGAUAUUCGCCGACAAAUGAAAAUUGACACACAAGGAAAUUCUACUACUUCAUGACUGCUACUUAAUUCUUUUUUUUUUAUCUGCCAUGCAUAUCUUUUUGUACUUUUACUUAGAUCACUUUGUGUACACCUCAAUUGUUCUACCGGAUACUUAUUAUUCUCUAUCAUCAACGAAAGUGUCAAAUAACUUUAUAUGUUAUGUUUGAACUACAAACUUUCUUGCCUUUUUAGGGCUGAGGGGGUUGAUUACCUAAAAUUUAUUCCACUAUUUAGGUUUU